AUGUUGACACAAGGUGGUGAAGGAUUUCUUCCUCUCCCUCCAAGGCCACUGGUAAUGGAUAGGAAAUGGAAGGCCAAUGUGGAAUUAGCUCCCAAUUGUCCUCGUUGUGAUUCUUCCAACACCAAAUUCUGUUACUACAACAACUACAGUUUGACACAACCUCGUUACUUCUGCAAGAAUUGUAGAAGGUAUUGGACUAAAGGUGGAUCCCUCCGUAAUGUUCCGAUCGGCGGUGGUUGCCGGAAGUAUCGUCGAGGGAGGGUGAGGAUAUCAUCAAGCAACUCGACUUAUGGGGGUUCAUUAAUGAUGCUCUCGAAAAUUCCCUCAAAUGAUUCAAUUGGGAAUUUGUAUCAAUCAGAUGCAAGCUCCACAAGAUCAGAUGCUUCCACCAUCGAUCUUGCACUGUUAUAUGCUAAGUUCUUGAAUCAUGAACCGGCAGAGUCUGAGGCUAGACUUGUAAUGCCUGAAUUGCCUAGGUAUUUCAAUCCGUCUAUCCCGGCACCGGCGCCGUUAGAACCAAAUUCUGAUCCACAUUUCCAAUUCUUGCGAGAAGAGAGUGUUGGUGGAAGCCAAGUUUUCAUAGGCGAAUUCGAUAUGAAUCAUAAGCAAGAAGAAAGAAUUCCUCAGUUUAUGAGCUUGGAGAGUAUUGGUUAUGGAUUGCAACCAUUACCCACUGAAGAUGUGGUCGUCCAAGACAUGUUCUGGUCGAAUCCUUCUCGUCCUCCUCCACCUCCAUUGCCGAACUCUAAUAUUCCAUGGCAGGAAACGAACAUGCAGAGGUUCGAAUCAGUAGCCGAAGAUCAGGCAAACUUUCAUUCAAACCCAGUAAAUGAUAAUAACUGGAGCUCCUUUGAUCUGCCUGAGUUGUGA